AUGGAUACCUACUCGCUUCUCUACAGUUCCUCCUACAGAACUGGACUCCUCUCUGGUCUUCAGCGCUUGCGUGAUCAGAAGAAGAUGUGUGAUGUUGUCUUGGAGGCUGGGGGUGUCUCUUUCCCAUGUCAUCGUGCUCUUUUAGCCAGCUCUAGUGACUAUUUUUGGGCCCUUUUUGGAGAGAAAACUGCUGAGAGAUUGGCAAGCUCCAUUAAUCUUCCAGCGUUGACACCUGUGGGCCUAAAGACCAUGCUGGACUUCUUGUACUCAGGCUGGCUUAGCAUAUCACCCUCUACCCUUCCUGUUGUUUUGGAAGCAGCCAGGUACCUGCAGGUAGAAAUGGCCUUGUCAAUUUGUGAGCGAUUCAUGACAGAAAGUUUAAGAGCUGAAAACUGCUGCUACUAUGCUAAUCUGGCUGAGCGCUUUGCUCUCUCAAAUGCACUUGAGACUGCCAAUCAAACCAUUGCCAUGGAGAUGAAGGUACUGGUUCAGAAAAGAAGGGAUGAGCUCCUUGAGUUGAACUUUGAAUCACUGAUGGCAGUGCUUGAUGGAGAUGAAAUACCAGGGGUCAAGGAGGUGGAGCUUUUAAAGCUAGCUUUGGACUGGCUGGAUGAAAAUGGACCUCUCCCACUCCUAAAAUCAAAUCUUCUGCUGAGUCACUUGCGCUUUGGAUUGGUGGCAUCGUCAGACCUUACAAACCUCAGCCACGCCCAUAAAGCCAUGACCACUCCUUUGAUCAGAAGUCAACUGACCCGGGCACUGGAGUACCAUCAGCUAGGUCCAGCUCAGCCAAUAACACAGAACAAGCAGUCGACUCUCAGAGAGUCAGUCAAUCAUGUGCUGCUUUUGGGUGGUGGGUGCAGUGCUGAUUUGCCAGAACAGCAGGUACUAGUGUUUGAUUCUAGAAGCAGAAAGUUUUCAUCUUCAUGUUGUGUUUUACCGGUGCGACUGAGAAAUCCAUGUGUGUGUUCAGUGGGAGGUUUCCUUUUUGUGAUUGGAGGAGAUGAGAUACAAAAGGGAGAUGAGAAAACGUCUGUUACUGUGGCAACAUCCAACCGUGUGUGGAGGUACGAUCCACGCUUUGACCUCUGGGAGCAGAUGGAAUCCAUGCAAGAGAAACGGGCACACUUCACCUGCUGCACAGUGGAGGAUGUUAUUUACGCCAUUGGGGGACGAUACACACAAUCAAACAUCAACACAUACAUUUCUGUAGCUUCUGUCGAGUAUUAUGACAUGGCUGCAGGAUUGUGGAGGAGAAGUGCGGCAAUGCCUCAACCUCUUCAUGGCCAUGCCUCUGCUGUGCUUGACAACAGCAUCUAUGUCUCCGGUGGACUACCAGGCCAGCAGGGCAUCAUCCAUGGCAGUAACUAUAGUGACAACCAGCAUGACUACAGGAGAAUGAGCAGACAAUUCCUUUUCUGGGAUCUCAAAGGUCGAGUCUGGGAAAAGAGGGCACCCAUGUCUGUCGCCAGAUUCAGUCAUCGCUUGGCAAGUGCCCAUGGUUACAUUUAUGCCCUGUUGGGUAUGUAUGAACCUUUCAGCGAUAUUGAACGAUAUGAUCCACAGUCAGACCACUGGAUGCGCCUCAAGCCACUUAUCACUGGCUCCUUCAAUUAUGGAAUGGUCCCAAUGGCCUCUGGAAACCUGCUGGUUUUUGGAGGUCGAAGGUGGAGCGAUGGACAUGAAUUGGUUGUUAGGAGUGUGAUGGAGUACGAUACAAAGAAAGAUCAUUGGAGGGAAAUCUCCCAACUUCCCAGACCACUUACUGGUAUUGAGUGCACACUGCUGCCAAUACCAGACUAG